AUGGCGACCUCCUCCUCCUCCGCACCGUGCUUCACCCUCGUGGCCGAAGAUCCCGCGUCGGACUCGCUUGCAUCGCUGCAGACGGCCGACCUCCGCGCCGCGCUCGAGAAGGGCACGGACGAACUCAAGCUCGACACGCUGAGGAGGAUCAUUGUCGCGACACUCAAUGGACAGCCGCAGCCCGCCCUCCUGAUGCCCAUAAUUCAAUUCGUCCUCCCCUCCAAAUCCAAGCAAAUCAAGAAACUCCUCCACUUCUACUGGGAGAUCUGCCCCAAGUUGGAUGAGAAUGGCAAGUUGAAGCAGGAGAUGAUCUUGGUUUGCAACGCCAUCCGAAACGACCUCCAACACCCGAACGAAUACAUCCGCGGCGCGACCCUCCGCUUCCUCCAAAAGAUCCGCGAGCCCGAACUGCUCGAGCCGCUCGUGCCCACCUGCCGAGCCUGCCUGGAACACCGACACAGCUAUGUGCGCAAGAAUGCGGUCAUGGCCAUCUUCCAGAUUUACAAGAACUUUGAGUACCUCAUCCCGGACGCGCCCGAGUUGAUCCAGACAUUCAUGGCCGCGGAAUCGGACACGACGUCGAUCCGGAACGCGUUCACGAUGCUCCAGGCGGUCGCCCCCUCGCGCGCCGUCGAGUACUUCCUCUCGAUCUACGACCAGGUCGCCAACCUCGACGAGAUGAUGCAGCUCUCUGUGAUCGAGUUGAUCCGCAAGAAGGCGCCCUCGGCAGCAGAAGGUUCGCUCAAGGCGCGCUACAUCAAGUGUAUCUUUGAGCUGCUCAAUUCGGGCUCGCACUCGGUCAAGUACGAGGCAGCGGCGACCCUCACGACCUUGACGCAGAACCCGGCAGCCGUCAAAGCCGCUGCAUCGUGCCUCGUCCAGCUCGUCCUGAGCGAGCCCUCGAACAACGUCAAGAUGAUUGUCCUUUCGCGCGUUGCGGCGCUGCACCAGAAGCACGAACAUGUCCUCGACGACCUCGUGACGGACCUCUUGCGCGUGCUUGCGAGCCCGGACAUGGACGUCCGGAAGAAGGCGCUCGCGAUCGCGAUGGACAUGGUCAACGGCAGGAAUGUCGAUGAUGUCGUCGGGUUUCUCAAGAAGGAGCUUGCGCGCACGACGGACCCGUCGUUCGACAAGGCGACCGAGUACAGGCAGUUGUUGAUCCAGACGAUCCACACCUGCGCGAUUCGUCACUCGGAAGUCGCCUCGUCCGUCGUGCACGUACUCAUGGACUUCCUCGGGGACGCAUCGAACGCCUCGGCCGUCGACGUCGUCGCCUUCGUCCGCGAGGUCGUCGAAAAAUUCCCGGACCUCCGGCAAGGGAUCGUCGCCAAGUUGCUCGACACGUUCGGCGAGAUCAAGAGCGGCAAGGUGUUCCGUGGCGCGAUGUGGAUCGUCGGAGAGUACGCCGGGAGCGUCGAGGAGGUCCGUCAGGCGAUGCAGCAGGUCCGCAAGGUCAUCGGCGAGGUGCCCAUCCUCGCGUCCGAGCAGCGCCUCCUCGACCAGGCCGAACAAGACGCGGCAGCCGAGGCGGACCAGGUCAACGGCGACUCGGCGCUCGUGCAGAAGCCUACCGCGACAAGCACGACCCGCGUCCUCGCAGACGGGACCUACGCCACCGAGACGGUCUUCUCGUCGUCCUCGGCGACCGCAGCCGCCUCGCUCGAGGCUGUCAAAGCUGCCGCCAAGCCUCCCCUCCGCGCGCUCAUCCUCGGCGGAGACUUUUACACCGCGACUGUCCUCGCGGCGACGCUCACCAAGCUCGUCAUGCGCUUCAAGGAGCUUGUCGGUGCGGGCGAGGCACGCGCUGUCAACGAGUUGCGGGCCGAGUGCAUGCUCAUCAUGACCUCGAUCAUCCGCGUCGGCCAGUCCCACUUUGCGUCGGUGCCGAUCGACGAGGACGCGCAAGAGCGCAUCAUGUCGUGCCUCCAGGCGCUCGCCGAGCUCGACAAUGCCUCCGCCGGGUCAGACCGCGCGCGCGUUGUCGAGGAGAUCUUCCUCCGCGACACGCAGGCGGCGUACGCCAAGAUGGUCGAGCACGAGGAGAAGAAGGCGCUGGAGAAGAAGAAGCGCGAGGACAAGGCGCAGGCUGUCCAGGCGGACGACUUGAUCCAGUUCCGCCAGCUCGCGAAGAAGCAGCCUGGUGCGGACGCCGCCGACGAGUACGAGACCGACUUGACCAAGGCGACGGGCGCGACGGACGCGGCCAAGGACGACUUUGUCUCGAAGCUGCAGCGUGUCGUGCAGCUGACGGGCUUCUCGGACCCGGUCUACGCCGAAGCCUACGUUCACGUCCAGGGCUUCGACAUCCUCCUCGAUGUCCUCAUCGUCAACCAGACGCUCGAGACGCUCCAAAACUUGACGUGCGAGUUUGCGACGCUGGGAGACCUCCGCCUCCUCGAGCGACCAGUGCCGUACACACUCGGCCCGCAGAGCUUCCAGAGCGUCAAGGCGACCAUCAAAGUCUCGUCGACGGAGACGGGCGUCAUCUUCGGCAACAUCUUCUACGACGGCGCGCACACGACCGACAGCCACUGCGUCGUCCUCAACGACAUCCACAUCGACAUCCUCGACUACAUCACGCCGGCGUAUUGUAACGAGGGGCAGUUCCGGAGCAUGUGGACCGAGUUUGAGUGGGAGAACAAGGUCAACGUCAACACGAGCAUCGACGACUUGCGAAGCUACCUCCAGCACAUCAUGUCGUCGACGAACAUGGCGUGCCUCACGCCCGACGCGGCGCUCGAGGGCGACUGCGGCUUCCUCUCGGCGAACCUGUACGCGCGGUCGCUGUUCGGCGAGGACGCGUUGGCCAACUUGUCGAUCGAGAAGCUCGCCGACGGGACGUUGCAGGGCCACGUCCGCAUCCGGAGCAAGACGCAGGGUAUCGCGCUCAGCCUCGGCGACCGGAUCACCAUCUCGCAGAAGAACCUCCCGUAG